AAGCCAUUCAUCGGUUUGGGUACCAAAAAUAUGUCCACUUCAAAAAACGCCAAUCGCAUCCACCGACCGACGGAGCAGAGUGUCACCCAGCAGCAGUCAAUCAUGAACAAACACGCAUGCAGCCAAAAAUCACGCCACACACGGCCCCUCUGUCCCCUUGGUCCGUCUCUCUCUCCGUCCGCUGCUAUCUACUGGCUAGAGCUCCGUGUUUGGCACUUGGUGGCACCAAUGGAAUGUUCCGUCCGUGUGUCUCUAUCUAUCUGUGUGUGUCUCUGUGUGUGUCUUGUCACUCGUCCAUAAACGACAAGGGGUCGGGCCAGAUGGCCUCGCUGUCUCCCGGCAGCUCCUCGGGCAUCGGUAUGCCAAUCCCCUGCUCCCACCACGUGGGGGGCAGGUCAUUAUCUCCUUCCUCAUCCCCCGGCAGGCCGCACCCCAUACCCAAGCCCAUACCGCCCAUCGUCGACAGUAUCAGGCUGCUGUCGCUGUAGUCGAUCAUCCCAUCGUCUGCAUCGCGGCAGACCUCUGCCUCCGUCCAGGUCGUGUUGCCCGGCCUCUCCACCUCGUGGCCCCCCUCAGACGAGCACUCAGGGGCCUUCUCCUUGUGCUGAUGCUCCAGCUCGUCGGGCUCUGAGUCUGAGUCCGAGUCAACACCGAAACGAGCACUCCAGUAAGCUGACACAUCAACACACACACACACACACACAUUGCACACACAUGUAUGAAGAAAUUCCUCCUUGGCCAUCUCUCACAGAUCACUGCGUAUUUCGCCCGGCAAUCCAUUCACUCACCGUGGUGUGCCGUAUCGUCCGCCCUCUCCCUCCGCGAGUUGUGGAAGAAGAAGCGGGUGGGGUUGAAGUCCAUCAUACCCGCGUCCUCCCGCUGGGCCGGCGCCGCCUCUUCCUUCUCCUUCUUGGCCGGCUUCUUCUUGGGUUUGGCCUUGGGUUUGGCCUUUGGUUUGGGUUUGGCCUUGGUUUUGGGCGUCUUGGGGGCCGGGGGCUGUUUGUGGGAGGGCGGCGGGGGGCGGCUGUCGGCCUGCGAUAUGGUGGAGGCCUCUCUAUCUUGCGGUCUGCGACGCACGCGCUUGGAGAGCUGCACGGCUCUGCCAUCGUCCAGCGAAUCUAAUACUGCACGGGUCCACACACAUCAGGAGAGCACACCGAUAAUCAAUCAGCCACGGGUCUGAGGUGCGGCUCUUCGGUUCAUAUGAGCGUGUCUCUUUGCUGACUGACUGACCAUUAUCGUCAGUUGGGUGAUUUCGCUUUUGGCCACGGCCGCUUUUGCGUUUGUCCUUGGUCUCACAGCCCGGCUUCCACUCCUCCUCUCCAUCUGCACACGCAUGACACACAUGACCGAUGGAUGCAGUGCAUCAACGGGUGGAGGUCGCUCCCGUUGCCCUCCAUUGGUUACCGCUCUUCUUCUUCUUCGAGCGGUUCUUUCGGGGCCUUCGCUUCGAUGCCCUCAGCUCCUCGGCGGCCUUUCUCUCUUCCUCCGAGUCUCCAGACGCCUUCUGCACUGACAGGUGGCCUAUGUCAACUGCAUCCAUCCACAAAAAACGAAAUGCACACAACGAAAUGUAUACGUCAUUCAUAUGGAUGGAACUCCUGGCCCCCUCGGACCUUUCUCGCUGGCCUACCGUCCAUUUUCGUAUGAGGGGGCGGAUACCGAUAGCGAGGGUGAGGAUAGAAGGCCUGCAGAGCGCCCGCAUGCGCCCCGAGCGACAACACAGACGGCGCGUUGGCGCCAGGAGGGGGGAGGGGUGGGGGAACGGGCAUGCUGUACGUGUCGAAGGGUGGCAGAAUCGACACGAGAGGUGCAGCAGGGGUCCUUGCAGAGCAAUAUCAGAGCCAAAGGUCGUAUCACUGUCGUCAAGUCG